AUGGUAAAUGAGGGAAUGAAUGCAAACACGUCUGAUGGAAUCCGAGUAACUUUGGUGCCUCAUGCGAUUACCGGAGAGGGCUUUUCUACUAAGGCUGCACCCCAUACUUCGUUUCAAGGGGUAAUCAGUAAUGUCGACGGAGCAAAGGAUAAACUGGAGAGUCUGGAGGCAAGAUUGAGGGCUGUUGAGGGAUUUGAAAGUUAUGGGUUCGGAGAUGUUGCCAGAUUGAGCUUGGCUCCUGGCGUAAAAAUACCACAUAAGUUCAAGGCGCCUGAGUUUGAAAAGUAUAAAGGAAAUACAUGCCCUAAGAGUCAUCUGACAAUGUAUUGCAGAAAGAUGGCUGCAUAUGCUUAUGAUGAGCAGCUGCUCAUCCAUGUUUCUCAAGAUAGUUUGGCUGGAGUGGCAUUAAACUGGUAUACCCAUUUGGAGCCGACUCGAAUUUGUUGUUGGGCAGAUUUGGCUGAUGCUUUUGUGAAACAGUACAUAUACAAUACACAUGUUGCGCCAGAUCGUUUACAGCUGCAAAACAUGUCGAAGAAGGACCACAAAACUUUUAAAGAGUAUGCUCAAUGGUGGAGGGAAUUGGCUGCACAAGUUGAGCCACCUUUGUAUGAUAGAGAAAUGGUGGCGAUGUUUGUAAAUACGCUCCAGCCACCAUUCUAUGAACAUAUGGUGGGUAAUGUAUCUUCAAAUUUUGCUGAUAUCAUCGUGAUAGGUGAACGAAUUGAGAUUGGGUUGAAAAAUGGAAAGAUUGCAUAUGGUUCGUCAAUGGUUACAAACUCCAAAAAACCCAGUUUCAACCCAGGAAAAAGGAAAGAAGGGGAUGUGCACGCAACAUCUACAACCCCUGUGUGGAGAGGUCAGGCUCCCAGUCAUAACUAUCGACCAUACUGGGGUCAACAUCCACAUGCAGCUAAUGUAUCCUUUGGUCAUCAAACUAGGCCUCAACAACAGCCAGGGUACUAUCAACCACAGUACAUCCCGACGAAUAAUUGGAGGGGAGGGGCAAACGUAAGUUCCAAUAUGAAUGUGAGUCCAAAUACUUAUCCAAGAAGGAACCAGGAGAGAAAUUAUGUUAAUUUUACUCCAAUUCCUACAACUUAUACGGAAUUAUUGCCCCAACUUAUCAAACAGGGUCUGGUUGUCAUUUGUCCCCUGAAGCCUAUGCAGCCUCCGUAUCCAAGAGGUUAUGAUGCAGAUGCAAAGUGUAGUUAUCAUGGAGGGGCCGCUGGUCAUUCCACUGAGAGGUGUUUGGCUUUCAAGUAUAAAGUGCAGACCCUAAUUGAUUCUGGGUGGUUAAAGUUCCAAGAAGAUAAGCCUAGUAUUGAGGCCAAUCCUUUAUCUGGGCAUGGAAGUACUUUGACGAAUGCUAUCAAAGUGAAAGAACAUGAGUUGGUGAGAAAGGUGAGAGAAGUCAGGAGCUCCAGGAGGUUUGUUUUAGAGGCGUUGCUGAAAGUGGGUAUUCUGAAAGGCGAUUAUGAUGGGAGUUUGGCAUGCGCGCUCCACCCAGAUGCUGAGCACUCUAUAGAGGAGUGUGUUGAGUUUGAAGAAUUUCUGCAAGACCUAUUAGAUCGUGGUCUGAUGCAAGUAUGCUGCAAGAGUGAGGAGGGAGAAGUAUUUGUGCAGACUGGUGAUGGAUCCGGCAUGACUUUACCAGAACCAUUGGUGAUUCGUUUCACUAGGGCUACCCCUAUCCCACCAACCCAAGGAAGGUCGCCUGUUGUUAUCCGUGUACCAGCCCCUUUUCCUUACAAGAACGAAAGGGCUGUCCCAUGGAGGUAUGGGACAUAUGCGUUAGACGAGGCACAAAGCGUUGAUCCUGGCGUUAAAAAUAUAUCAGGCAUAGGGGGAAUGACGAGGAGUGGUCGGAUUUUCACACCACCGGAGUUGGCACGGGAAAGAGUUAAUGAUAAAGAAGCAUCGAUGGUUACGAAGGCAAAAGAAUUCUUAAAGGGUAAAGGUGCACAGACAGAAGAGAUCCCCGACAAGGAAGAGAAGAGAUAA